AUGGACGUUGAAAAAUCUAAACCAGUGACGCGAGAUGCAAAAGUAUUCAGGAAAUACUUUGUUGAAUCAACUUUAGAUCCUCAGUAAAAACGCCUCUUAUCCAUGAAUAUGAAAGUAAAGGAUUAAAAUGGAAGAAUGAGGCAGCAAGAAGAAAUAGCCUAAAUUUUCAGGCCAAUCACAAAGGAUAGAGUGAGCAAGCUAAUGACAGUAAACAUGCAGUCAAAUUCAUAAUCGUUAUCAGAGAAUAUAACUGCAAGAAAAAUGGUUUAAUCGAGGGAUGGUUCAACAAAUAAAGAAGGUUAGCCUCAGCAUACUUUGAUUGCUAAUUUAUAAGUCUUUGACAAUAAGGUCAUGAAUAGAGAAGUUGAAUAUCUCGAUUCAAAUAAAGUAAGUGCCCGCUAGAUUGAGUAAGCUUUUAGAAAUAGAAAGUAAAUAUAAAUAAAGAGCUUCAGCAGUUCAAGCGCAAAUAGAGAUAAUGAAACCUCUAUGAACUCAAAUGGGCUGAUCCAUUCAAUUUUUUCAUAAAAUACAUUCGUGCCAAUGAGUAGAGUUUAGAAUACAAGACUAAGCAAUUCAGAGUAAAGGGAUAAUAUUGAUAGCAACCAUAUGAAAUUUCUUAAAAAUUCAUUAUCAACUCCUAGCUUUAGAAAAAGCUAUGAAAUUCAGGAUUUCAAAACUUUAUAGGCAGAUAACAAGCAUUUUUCUUUAGCAAAAAAGUAAAUCUACGUCUAUAAGGCUAAGUAAGAAAGAAGAUCAAUUUUUAGAGAAGAAAAAUAGUCAAAUGAUUUUGUUGAGGAAAUAUGUGAAAAUGUUCAAGAUCGGAUAGUAAAUUAUCAGAAAAAUAGUAACUCUGGAAGUGUAAAAAAGUAUCCAUAAUCAGAUGCAGUUUCUAAUGUUUAGAGCAAUAAAUCUGGCUAUAAUAAUACUCUAGGAUUGAAGAGUUAUUCAGUUGACAAUUUUAUGAAUAGCCAGGGACUCAGUGCUUUCCAAACUACACCUAAUUUCAUUCAAUAAAAAGUGGAUUAAUAAAUUGGUACUGAGGAAUUAGCUCCACCCAGCAAUUAUUCCUUCAAGCCUUAACAUAUACAGCAAAUAAAGGAAGAUAGAAUCUUAAAACAUUAAAGAAAGAAGUCCAGAACCUAAGCAAAAUAUGGUGAAAACAAUGAAACAAUUAAAAUGGAACAAAGAUGA